UAGAGACGCAAAUGUUAGGGAAGUGAUUAUCGAGAGGGUAACACAGCUCGACACAACACCUAUAGCUUGACGCUUGAAGGUAGCUCGUAGCUCCGGGUGAAUCAGCGGUAAACCGAACUAAAAGGGCCCGUUAGGACGCGAAGUUUGGGGUUUUGUUUCGGGGGAGCGACUUUUCCCGGUGUUACCUCAACAAGCAGGAGCGCCAUGACGGUCCGCUUCAAGAGUCAGAGUGAAUACCAGAAGAGCUACGGUGUCCCUCGCUCCAGGAGUGUGUCGCCUCAGCGCUGCCGCCCGCUGGCUGGACUUCGCCCUGAUCAGAACCGGAUCAGCAGACCUCCAGGUCUCCAACGACUGAAGAGACCCGGUCCACCCGAGUCCGGUAACUUCCUGCCUGGUUCUCCAGCAGAUCCAGUUUGCAGAGCAACGCCCUCUACUGGCAGGAAAGAUUCUCCAGUUUCUAAACCACCAAAUGUUUCUGGAUCGGAACCAGAACCUGGAUUCAGACCAGCAGCUGAUGGAAAAUCCGUGAAGCUCCGCCCCUCUGAGCCCGGCGGGCCUGCAGAACCCGAGCAGCAGCCGGGAAACCAGGUCGACAAGGCGUGGGGUCAGAGGUCAGAGUACCACAGGCAGUUCGGCUGGAAGAAGCCCGUAUCUGCAGCGUCGCCAUUACUGACAGCAGAGCAGGUGUUGCACUCCACCAGCAGGUCCAUCCCACCCUUUAAGAACAUCCCCGUUCCCAUGGAAACGGAGUACCGCCGGAGCUUCCAGGGUCUGGUUCCGCCAUCCGGUCCGCGCCUUCGGAGAAAUCUGGGACAUCCGGUGUUUCACACAUACAGAACUCACAGAAGGAAAAGUUUGGAUGCACAGAGUAACGAACUUCCUGUCAAACAGGAAACUGGGUCCCAGUUGCCCCUGACGACGGCCCCCCUGCCCGCUCAGGUGCGGAGGAGACACAGGAUGUUGACAGAGUAUCAGUCCAGCUUUCGUUCUCCUCUCUGCAGGAACCCAAAAGGAGGCGGAACCACAGACGAUCUCACUGAGCAGGUGAAGGAGCGCAGGCAGCAGGCCCAGGCGUACCGACGCAGAGCCUGGGGAACCAACUUCUCCAGGGACCAUCUGAGCCAGCUGCUGUCCGAACACAACGCGCUGUGGGAGCCCGCCGACUCCCACUCCGACCCCUCCACCCCGCUGCCCAACCGUGACCUUUCACCUGAGCCGGACAGCCGCAGAGCUUCCUGUGUAGAAGCCCUGGACCUGGCCAGUAUGUCCAGCAGGAGGUCGUCAGUCAGCGGAGGAAAAACUCAGAGGAGCGCUGGGAGGGAAACGCCUCCAGGACCCGGAGCUGAGUGCCACACAGCCUGGGCAGAAGAAGAAGAAGAGACGGAGGAAGAGGAGGGAAGGUUACCGACUCCCAGACUGAGAACGAGGCCGGUGCAGAGGACCCACCACGACCUGACCACACCUGCCACAGGGGGAGCUAUACUUGUUGGAAAAUCGACCAACAGGGAUGAUUCUUCUCCUAUCAAACAAAAACAGAAAUUCGCUUCAACAGAGUUUGGGUCAGAGGUCGGCGUCAACAAGCCGGUCAAACUGAAGGAGGCGUGGCCAGAGAACAGCCCCGUGUCUUUAAGCCCCCCUCCUACCAACCAGCAGACGCCCAGCCCUCAGCCUCAACCAAUCAGGACGAAGCAGGCGCCUCCUUCCCCAGCAGCCCCGCCCCCUCUGGGCUCGCCGCCGCAGCAUGGGAUCCAGGGAACGCUGAGACAUCCGGACUUCCAGCACAACGGUGAGCUUCAGACUCCUGUGCUGUGUCUGCAUCUUUCCUUCCACUAAACUUUCUACUGAAAUGUUUUCGUUCAAUGUGUGGACAAAUAGUUUCUGAUUUAUUUACUAACAAAUCAGAAGUCUUCCUCCUGAGACCCGCUUCCUCUACGGGUUCAUACACGGUUCUGGAAAGUAUUUAGAGAUGAGUUUCAACUUGGAGGUUUUAAUUUGGGGCAUUUUUGUGCAUCAGGUUUCCUGAUGAUGCAACAGCAGAGUCCAAACAAAAACAGUGAAAUCAGACCAACAUGGGAUUA